AUGGCGAUCAACUAUUUGAAUGAAAUUAUCUCGGUUUUUCUUGAUCGCAACGUCGCUCAUCUAAGGGGCAACGAGCUGAGCAAUGCUAUUAAAGUCAAAGACAACACUUGCUCUCCUGAAAAGAUAUGCCGCAUAACAAACGCAUCACCAUCGUUAUUCCAACUUAAAUACCACCAAAAUGGCACAUUUCUUGUCUAUGUUGCACCUACAGUCGAUAUAUGUGAAGAUUUUUUUCAUGGAAAAUGUUCUUUCACCAAUCCAAGUUGCAAUCGGCUUCAUUUAUGCCGCUACUUUGGUCAUUGUUCGAAAAAAGGCUGUCGGUUUCCUCACGAUUUUACUCGAGGAUCCAAUCGACGAGUUGUUGAACGAUUACAUUGCGCAAAUAUCGAUCCACCGUUGCUUGUUCGUUUAAUUAAAUUCUAUAAGAGAAUAUCGGCUGUUCCCACUAAUGAAUCAACAGCACCGGAUCAAGUGGUAUCAUUAAUGGAACGAGCAAAUGUGCAAGAAGCUUCCGGGCACGCAUUUAGUACUCAGUCGAAAAGAAGACCUCGACGUCGUCGGCCACAAAAUCCCAUCACACAGACAGACAAUGCUACAUCCAAAGGAUUACUCGAACGUAGUCGUUCAAAUAGUGUUAUCGAACGAAGUAGUGACGGCUUUGAUGCCAGGACACGUCGACGUAGCCGAUCAAGAAGUCUUGUUGACACAGAUAAUUCUAUACCGUAUGUUAUGGAUACCUGGACAGUCAAUAGAAGUUCCUCGAAAGUGUUGACGUCUUCAAACGCUAGUAAUAACAUGUCAAAAGUUACAAUCAAUCUUCGUUGGACUUGGACCAUAAUUGUUAAUCAUCGAAUAUUCGGUGCUGAAUACCGAAAUCAUAUAAAAUCCGAGCUUGGCUGCAAUUCUACUGUUCAGGAAGCCAUUGUUGAAAUGUUCUAUGAUCAAAAUUUGAAGAAGUGGACUGUGGCCGAUGCUACUAACCAUCUCAAUAAGACAACCAGUCAGUUUAUGCGCAAAUUCGAUAUCCGUUCAGUUGUUUUACAACAACGUGUAGCACAACUCAAUAUUCUACGUACAUAUUCGUCGUUUGUAGCAUUUCAUUGUAGUAAAGAACCUAACUAUGUGCUAGCAAUGAAAAAAUCGAAGGCGUCGGCUAUUAUGAAUGACCUCUUUCCGAACCAUUCAACAGAAAACCGAGUUUUAUCAACAGUAUCAAAUGGCUGGGAUUCAGUCAGACCCGUGACCGAAGAACGACGGUCAUCACUUAGACUAUCAUUAACACCUACCACUCGAGCGCCUGGCAGUCCUAGAUCUACUGUGAAAGAUGAGAAUGUUACCGAACGUAGAAUUUUACCAAUCACUAAUGCAUCACAACGAGCUUUAUUCGCCGACAAAUCAUUCGAAAAUUGUUUACAUAUAUAUUUAUCUAAACUAUAUAACGUUGAAAUUGAUUUCGAAUGUAUAAUGAACGGAAAUUUUGCAGUGAAAGUUGUUGGCCAGUGGAAUUCGAUCGACAGAGUAUUCAAAGAACUAGCAGUCUUAACUUCACUAUGCCAUACAAAGACUUUCGAUACAGUAUCUGAUCGAGAUUGGGCGAAAAUAAAUGGUAUUAUCGACCUUCUACAACAUCAAUGUCGUUUGCAUUAUAUUAUCUGUGUUUGUCAGCAACCAUUGCCAUCUGCGGUGAUCAUACAUUAUGUCGACUCCAAAAAUCACGAAUUAGGCGCUGACGGACAACAUCUAGAGAGAAUAUGUAGAAGCCUUUUAGUUUCAGCCAAGUGUUCAACAGCAACCUGUACGAAUGAAUGGGCGGCGUUAAAAACGGCUAUUCUUCGGCAUAAUGAGUAUGGCAAACGUAUAUGUCUAUUGGAUGAGCAACAAACGAUCACGCUUUACGGCGAAGCUGAUUUGGUCAAAUCCUAUCGACAACAGUUUGAACUCCUAAGUAAACAAAAGGAGCAAAAAGAUCAUGUUCCAUUAGCAGUCCCAAGAUCAACCACUCCGGGUUCGUAUCAACCGAAACCACCAGCACCUGUCCAGCUUCCCGUUGUAUCACCUACUCGUGAGCAAAAUAUUCCAAUAACUCCUAAGGACAUUCAAAUUAGUCAAGACUGGAAUCGAGUUGUAGCUGUCGUUGAAUCAAAAUGUUCUAUAGCGAAAGAAGUCAUUCGUACUCAGAUUCAGAUCCAACUCCCGAAGGCAAAAGAGGAACAGAUGGAUAACAGUACAUCGGGCUGCUCGGUGUCAGAAGAGAUCCCAUCUACAGAAAAUCCUACAACGUCCUCUACGAGCUCAAAACAAUCCUGGAUUUCGAAAAUAUUUCGACGGAACGCGUCCAACACCCAACUUUCACCAAAUACACAACAGAAUAUUUCUCCAGCUUCGAUGAAGUCGGCAGUGAGUGCAAACGCUGAUAUAUCCAUUACUGUUAGCAAUUCAAAGAUUGCCGUGUGUGUAGGCGAUUUAACAGAACAAGCAACUGACAUCAUCGUUGCUUGUUCAUCAUCGAGAUACUUAUGUGAUGCGAUCACUGCAAAAGCUGGCUUCGAAGUGCAGGCUACGUAUCGUGAAAAAUCAGCUCAGAACGAAUUAAAUUUUGAAACAAGAGGUGGUCAUUUACCCUGUAAACAAAUCGUUUUCCGUUCAUGGAAGCCAUCUACAAACGAUCCACAAGUCUUACAACAAUCUAUUGAGCAAUUUAUAACAUCGGUCGUUACUUAUGCAUCUCAAAAUAAUUUUACAACAAUCGCAUUUCCCAGUAUUGGUUGUGGCCAACUGGGUUAUAAUCCGAAACUGAUUGCUGAGCACAUGAUUGGUGAAGCAUAUAAGUCAUUAAGAAUACUAACUCAAUCCCGUCUGUUGGUCUCAUUUGUACUAUUACCUGAAGCGUCGACUGUCUACGACGCUUUCGUCGACCAAAUGAAUACAAUACAAAACAAAAUACAUAUUCCGAAUACCAUUCCUUUCGAUAAACAAACGAUAAGAAUCAAAUUGACCGGUCCGACUGCACAUGACCUGAGUGAAUGUCAGAACAAAAUAAAACAAUUAGCUCAAUCGUAUUCAUUUAAACUUCACCUAUCCGAUAAGGAUGAUGUGGGUGAUUGGUCACAGGACACAAUUCGAAAAUACUAUGAGUAUUGUUUACAAAAACGAGUAAUACCGACACUUGAUAUCCAACGUGCUACUCUAGAUUUAGUUGGACCAAGAGAUGCAGUUAUGGAAGCUGAUAAAUACUUCCUUCAAUUAACAAACGAAAUGCUUCGAACUACCCGCAUUAAGGUCAUCUCUCGUGGUGCUGUUUGGUCGGUAGAAAUACAAUCUGGUAAAUGGGAACAUUAUUCUUAUAAAAUAAACGAACAAAUUGAAAAUGCGCAUAGCGCCUCACGUACAUUUAUUGAUUUCAAAAAUGAAAAAGAUGAACGCUGUCGAAUUGAUUUCUCAACGAUGGAAGAAAAGUAUCAAACACGUACAAGAAAAAUAUGCCGCAAACGUAUCGAUUCGACAUUGCCUAACAAUUGGGAUUUAUCAAGUGGUAAUCUGAAACGAGUAACUCUUUCGAGUUUAUCCAAGGAAUUCAAAGACGUACUCGCUAAAUUCGAUGAAACAAUGAAAGGAAACUAUCGAGCAAUUGUGAAGAUUGAACGCAUUCAAAAUGAACGUUGGUACAAACAGUAUGCUGCACAUCGUGAUGAAUUUACUCAACGUUAUGCACAGCCUGAUGAGCGAUUACUUUUCCACGGUUGCAAUAAAGUGUCAGCUGACAAGAUCAUAAACGAAUGUUUUAAUCGAGCAUUUGCAGGUGUCAAUGGAGUUGCAUACGGUUGUGGGGUUUACUUCCAUGAACAUGCAAAGUAUAGCUCAUCGUAUACGAGCCCAGAUGCUACAGAUGAGCGAACAAUGUUUUUGGCACGUGUUUUAAUUGGCAAAACAUGCCCUGGUGUAUCAUCAAUGAAAGUACCACCUCAAGGAUUUGAUACUACGACCGAUGGUCAACAUAUCUUUGUAGUUUAUCAUGACGCCGGUGCAUACGGUGAACAUCUGAUAACAUACCGAUGA